AUGGCACUUAUUAAACGAGUUGCUAUUCUUGGCGGAACAGGAGCUCAAGGUUCGAGCGUUGUGAGGAAUCUUUCGAAAGCUGGAACAUUUGAGAUCACCGUUCCUACUAGAAACCCAUCUUCUGCCGAAGCUCAGGCUGUUGGAGCCCUGUCAAACGUCAAACUGCUGCAGGCUGACUACUUGACCGAGGCUGGCAUCAGAAGUAUACUCGCAAACCAAGAUGGAGUAUACUUCAACAUGAAUUCGUUUGCUGUUACCGAGCCAUCCGUUUACUUUUGGACAUUUCGCGCAUAUGAAAUAGCUGUCCAAAGUGGAUUGAAACUCUUCAUUUUGCCAGGUAGUAUAAAUAGAUACAAAGCUCACGGAUACAAGGAAGAAUUCCGAAAUGCACACGGGGCAAUUUCAGGGCGGUUGUCUGACUGGCUCUCCAGCCAGCCAACAGACAUUCUACCAUGGUCUAUUUUAUAUGGUGGCGUUUAUGCCGAGAUGCUAUGGACACUACUCAAACCACGAGUUCGGGAUGAUGGCGUAUAUGAGUUCGCCGCGCCCAUUGGGGACGGCAACAUCCCAUUUAUACCUUUAGAAGACUACGGCGCUCGCGUACGAUGGAUAUUCGAGCAUCCAGAGGCCGCCAUUGGCAAAAAGCUAGACUGGGGUCUUCUUUAUACGAGCUAUAAAGAUUUGGUGCAAGCAUUCGAAGAGACCACGGGGAAGCAAGCAGUGUUCAAGGACUUGACACAAGACGAGUGGUUCGAUAGACUGCGAGUGAUUAGGGCCCCAGAAACUAAGUUUCCUGACAGCGGGCUUUCAGAUGACGAUACCACGUUUACAUGGAGGCGCACGUUUGGCGCUUGGUGGAAUUACUGGAAAUAUAAUGACCACACUCGAGAUCCUAAGAGGGAGAAGGAAGCGGAGGCGUAUGCUAAUGAAGUGUAUCCCACCAGACUCAAAUCUAUCAAGGAGUGGAUGGUUGCGAAUAAGUAUACAGGUACAAGAUAG